GUAUGUUCAGUGUUAUCUAAUGGUAAAUUAUCUUUAAAACUUCUCAACUAAACAGUAAACAAUAAUAUUUAUAUUAUAUAAUUAUAAUUUAAUAGAUUAUCGAUCAUCUUUUGAUCGUUUAAAUUUAGCGUAUUUGUAUACUUUCGAAGUCGUUAUUGUGCAAAUUGCCCGUUCUACGCCAUUACAGAAUAGUUGAUUUACAUUCGGACUUCGGUAUAACUUUUGGAUUCAACAAUGAAUUUCAAUACGAACAGUCUUCCAGUUUGGACUGACAUUGUCGAUUCAUCUAAUUAUGAAACAAUCAAAAAUGAAAAAAAUAUUAUAGAAAGUAAAGUAAGCAUUAAUUUUCCACCUGAAUUGAUGGAAAAAAUUGCUACCUAUCUCGACGGCAGAAGUUUAAUUGCGUUUAAAUUGGUUUCUAAGUCAUGUAAUGUUGUAGCAAGUAAUGCAGUUUUAUACAACAAAAUGUGGAAAAAGUUUUGUUUAAAUGAUAUUCCAUCAAAAUACUUUCAAGAAAUGUUAAAGAAACGUUUUACAGACAUAAAUUUAUUCGGCGAGUCUGAUUAUGAGAAUUUAUUUAAAGGUUGGCUGCUGUGGCAGAAACCUAAAUUUAAAGUAUCACUUAUUUUUGAAGAGACUUUCUUGAUUAACGGCAUAUGUAGCCUUCUUGCUUAUCAAGAUGAACUGAUAGUAGUGACGGACUAUUCUUAUUGUCCAUAUAUUUUAAAAAGAAAUAAUCUAACAAAUAAAGUUGAACUUAUAAAGAAACAACAAAGUCAGUUGCACAGAUCUAUCUAUUUACUAGCGCUAAACCCUCGACUACAGUGUGCUGAAGCAAAUAAUGACGCCAAAUAUAAUUGGCUUAAUAGAAAAGGACCAAAUGUUUGUCCUUUACAAUCUCAGGGAAGUACUAGUCAUACAGGAAUCCCAAUAGCAAGAUUUGGCGGUCAACUCCUCAGUGUAGAUGUCAAUCCAUAUGAAGAAAAAUGUUGCUGGAUUCGUCAAAGCUGGUAUGGUUAUUAUUCACAUUCUCCACUAAAAAAACUACAUGAACAUUAUUGUGAUCGCUUGAGUUCAACUGUGUUUUCAUCAGUCAUACAUCAGCUCGUAAUAGGGCGUAUGACUAACAAUUACAUUUCAGUUCAUGAUAUGAAUCGAGAUGAGUGUAUGGUAGUUCCCUUAUGGUUGAAUAUAAAGUAUAUGGAAGCCACUGCUAUAUUUAUUUAUACCAAUAUGUUGUUUGUAGGUACACGUAACAGUUAUUUGGUAGUAUAUCGUUUGAAUAAUUGGAAUGAUUUGUUGAAACCGAAGGAGAGUAACAUUUUAUUAGAUGUACAUUUAAGUAUGGGACCAAUUUUAGCAAUAGAAAUUCUAGACUAUAAAAACCAUAAAACAAUUGUUGUUGCAGCUCGAUCUCGCAUAGUGUGGCUAAAUGUUUUAUAAGCCAAUUAAUUAUUUAAUAAUUUUUUUUAUUUGUUUGACAGAAUUUAGUUUUGUUUUUUCAAACAUAAUAUAUUUUGUGAUGU